AUGAUUGUAGAAAAGGAGGAAUUGAAUGAUUUAAACAGAACCAUAGAGAUUAUUAUUAAUAAUUAUGAUAAUGAUGUAAUUAAUAAAAGGAAAGAAGAUUUUUCAAAUGAUGAUUAUGCUUAUAGUUUAUGUGAAGAUAAUUAUAAAAGUAGGAAAACAAGAAAUGUUGUUAUAAAUAUGUUAAAUAAGAAUAUUAAUAUUAUAUAUUAUAAUGAUGAGUAUAAAAAUAUCAUAUUUAUUAAUUUCUUAAGAUUAUGUCAAUUAAAUAAUAUGAAUGUAAAGAAAUAUCAUGAUUUGUUUAUAAAAUAUGAUGCUUUUAAUACCAUAGCAAAUUCUGAAAAAAAUGUAGGUUUUUUUUUGAAGCCUGUUAUUAAAAAUGAUAAAUUAUUGUGGGAUAUAAACACUGAUGAUUUCCACAUAUUUAAUUUACACUGUGAUACGCAUAAGAGUACCGAAAAUAUUUUAUAUGAAUCCAAUAAUAUUAAAAAUGAUAAUGAAUAUAAUCAACUUAAUGAUAAAAAUGAUGGUAAUUAUUAUUACAUUUUACAAUCAGAUAUUAAAGUAAAAUUAAAUGAUCUUUUAGAAAAUUCAUCUAAUGCUGAAUCAUCAUGUUAUUCUGAUGAAGAAAGUGAAUAUUCUUUAUCAUCAUGUUCGGAAAAGGAAGAUAACAUCUCUAAAUACGAUGAAGAAAAAUUAUCAUCUAUUAAUAAUAACAGAAAAUAUGAAAAUAAUAAUAUUAUAGAAAAGCAUUUUCCAAAUGACUUAUUAUCAAAAUGUCCAUAUUAUAUAAAUAAUAAAUAUAUAACAAAUGAAUCAAUCAAUUAUGAAAAAUAUUCAUUUGAUGAAAAAUAUUCAAUUGAUGAAAAAUAUUCAUUUGAUGAAAAAUAUUCAUUUGAUGAAAAAUAUUCAUUUGAUGAGGGAAAGAAAAAUAGAAUAAAUAAUCAAGUAUAUAACCAUUGUCCAAUAUUAAAUAAAAAAACAAGAAUAAAUGAUUUACCUAAUAAAUUUGAACAUAAUUUUGAUCAUUUCUCAAAUUUAAAUAAUAUUAAUAUAAAUCAAUUAGUAGAUGUAAUAGUCAAUCAAAAUAACCAACAUAAAUAUUGUGAUGGUAUUAGUAAAAAUUAUACAGGAAAUAAAAUAGAAGAAUCCAUACUAAUAGAAAAAUUUGUACAAUCACACCAAAGUGAUCAUGAAGAAAUAAAUAAUUUACAUAAAAAAAUUAAUAGCAUGGAACAAAUUAUUAAACAUUUAAUGAAUGAAAUAAUAAAAAGAGACAUGACAAAAAAAAAAAAAAAUGAAAGCAUACAUGUAAUGAAAAAUGAUACUUCUCAUAAUACAAAUAAACAUGAAUAUAAUAACGUAUUAUGUAGUAAACAAAACCCAAUACAUGAUACAUAUGAAAAGGAAAUACAAACAGAUAAUAUAGAACAAAUAAAUAGAAAUGAUAGAACAAAGAUAAAUGAAAUAAAUUAUGAUGUUAUGAAAAAUGUCGAACAUAAAAUAAAAACAUACACUAAAGAAGAUAUCCAUGAAAUAGAUAGAAAAUAUUUUGAUAGUUAUAAUUAUUCAGAUAUACACAGAACAAUGAUUUUAGAUAAAUGCAGAACACAAUGUUAUUAUGAUUUUAUAAAUAAAAAUAAAGAAAUAUUUGAAAAUAAAAUAGUCCUCGAUAUAGGUUGUGGAUCGUCUAUUAUUUCUUUGUUUUGUUCUGAUUAUGCAAAAGUUGUUGUAGGAAUAGAUAACGCUGACAAAAUUUUAGAGAAAGCGAAAAAAAUAACAGAAAUAAAUAAAGCAAAAAAUAUUUAUUUGUUCAAAGGUAAAUUAGAGGAUCAUAAUAUAUAUGUUGAUGAAAAGAAUGAAAUAUAUUAUUUAAACAAAGAUUUUGAUAUUGAAACAUUUGAAAAAUCAAAUAAUGUAAAAUUGAAAAUAUUAAAAUUUGAUAUAAUUAUAUCUGAAUGGAUGGGGUAUUUCUUAUUUUAUGAAUGUAUGAUUAAUACUAUAUUAUAUGCUAGAGAUAAAUAUUUAAAACAAAAUGGGUAUAUAUUUCCAAAUAAAAUAUAUUUAUAUAUGUCUGGAUAUAAUGAUAUGGAAUAUAUAAAUGAUAAUUUAUUAAUAUGGGAUAAACCUAUGUAUAAUAAGAAUUUGUAUGAACUGAAACCGAAUAAUCAGGAAUUUAUGGAAACUGCCAAAAUUAUGUAUGUUGAUAAAAAUAAUGUAUCAUCUGAAAUUAUUAAUUAUGCCAUCAUUGAUAUGUAUACAUAUAAUAAAGAAUAUUUCUAUAUAAAUGUAGAUUUUAAAAUACCAUUAAAAGAAAAUAAAAUAAUAACAAGUUUGUGUUUUUAUUUUGACUGCUUAUUUGAUAAAUCAACAUAUUAUAUAAAAAACAAUAUACAUAAUAAUAAUAAUAAUAAUAAUAAUAUAAAUAGUAUAGACGCUAAUCUGAGUCGACCUGUAAAUUUGAAUGAACAGUUCAAUAAUUUAAAUGCAAUGCCAAAUGUUUCAAAUAAUACAAGUACUAUAUUAACAACAAGCAUGUUUAAAGAGAAAACUCAUUGGAAACAAACUCUUUUACAUCUAUAUUCAAAUAAUUAUAAUAUAUCACAAAUAUUUAAUACAGACAAUAAACAACCUAAUUAUUUAUGUGGUAAUAUCCAUAUUUCUUCACCAACGAAUUAUACAAGACAUGUUCAUGUUGUUUUGCAGAUAAAGAAAAAUAAAUCCAUAAAUAUAAAUGAAGAGUUUAUUUGUCGUUAUUAUUUAGAUUGA